AAUGAUGGGGAGCAAACACAUAAAAGUGCAGAGUGAUGCAGAUAAAGGACAAGGCGCUGAGGAAAAUACCUGGGUGCAACUAGGGAUGCCACAUAUUUCAGAGGAGCAACACAGCAAACUGAUGACUCCCACAGAACCUAAGAAAACAGAACAUUUUGUGUCUUUUCCAGGGGAGUUGUCGACAGGUGCAGACAAUGAAACAUUACCAGAGCAACUGAGAAAAUUAGACAAAGAAAAUAAACAUCGCGGUGACAAAAUAGCAGAACUUGAAGCUUAUAUUUUAAAACUACAGGGUCCCCAACGCUUAGCAGAGCCAGAAUUCAGAGGAAAUAAGGCUGUUGACAAUCAGCAGAUUUUAGAAGAGAAAUUAAAAGAGUAUGAAGUUAUGUUGGAGGAUAGGACAGACGAGUCAGAGAUCUUGAAGAAGAAACUCAAUGAGGUGGAGCUGUCAUAUCAUCAACUUCAAUUUGAAUGUGAUGCCCUCAAAGGCAAGCUAGCUUCUGUGAGGGAACUGGAAUCACUAGAUUCUCUCAGCAGUGACGAGGAAACGGAAGGGAAACAUAGUGCCAAAGCGGAGCUACUCCAAAGAGUCAGAAGUUUAGAAGGACUUUUGAAGAUUCAGGAAAUGAGUGAGAAGGAGUUAACAGAAACAGUCAAAGAACUUCAAGGGGAACUUCUGCGUAGCCAGGAGAAUCAGAGACUGCUUGGCUUACGCUGUGCCAAAUUGGAUCAGUUGACAAAAGAGAAAGAAGAUGUGGAAAGCAAGUUAGAAGAGAGGUACAGUCAAGUCGAGCAGCUACAGAAAGAAAAAGAGAAGUUGGAGGAAGAUUGCCAAGAGCAAAUGAAAAUGUUAAUUGAUGAAAUCAAGGAACGGGAUGAAGCCCAUUCCCAGCUUGAGGUGAUUAACAAAGAUUUGCUUCUGAAAAUCAGGGAACUAGAAGAGUCCAAAACUAGUCUUGAGUCAAAGGUUGCCAAAUUCAAGACGGACCUGGAAGAAAGGAUGAAUAGUGAAUUACAAUUAGAAAAGCAGUGCUCAGAUCUGGAAAAAACUGUCCGAGAUUGGGAAAAUUUUGAGCAACAGCUGAAUGAGCAGUUUAAGCGGGUCGAAAGUAAGCAAAAUAGCAAAAUAAAGAAUCUUAGAAAGCAGCUUGAAGAGAAAGAUGAAACAUUAAAAAAUACCAUGCAAAUGGUGGAAAAACUCAAGAAAAGCAUCAAGGAUGCAGAGAGCCAACUUCAGGAGAGGCAGCACAUCUCUCCAGAGAUCCUUAAGGAGAAGAAGCAACUCGAAACAGAGCUGAGCAGAAAGGCUGAAGCUGAAAUCGAUAAGGCAGAGUUCAUUGUGAAGAUGAGAAGCAGGUUUGAAAUGGAGGUGAAUGAGAAAAGCCAAGAGCUGGAAGACUGCAAGGAUGAAAUUGAACGCUUGAAUGAAGAAAUCGGACAGCUGCGGGAGCAACAGUGGCAGCAACAAGAAGCCGAAAGGAAGCUGCAAGAGAGGAGCAAGAUGCUGGAAGAGCUGGUGGAAGAUCUGAAGGAAGGGGAGACGAAGGUCCUACAGGAAAAGAUAGCUCGCAUGGAAGAGCUGCUCAAUAUGAAGGAAGACACUGAGGAGACAUUACAGGCAAGGAUUGGGAAACAGGAGACUUUAUUAAAAGAAAUGGAAGAGACUGAAAGAAGGCUAGCACAACGGAAUGAAGAACUGGGGAUCAAACAACGUGGGAUGAGUGAAGAACUACAUCGCUGGAAAACCAAGUGCUCCAACCUUGAAAAAUUUGAAAGGGAAGUGAAACUUGAGUCAAAAUGCCAGAGAGAUAGGAUAAAAGACUUGGAAGUUACCAAAACCAAUUUGGAGGUGCAACUUCAAAAGAAAAUCAGCGAGUUUGAAGAGCUUGACCUUUUGAAGAAGAAAGAACAAGCAAGUGUAACAGCAGAGCUGAACAAAAAGAUUGAAGAGCUUGAAUUCAAAGAGUCUGUCUGUCAAGCAGCUAAGCAAAACGUUGAAACGCAGUUGAAGAAAAAGAUGAAAGAGUUUGAAAUUUCCGAGGCAAAUGUUAAGAGCCUUCGGAGCAAACUUGAGGAGGCAUUGCAUGAGAAGCAAAGUGAAAUACGAAAAGUUGAAACUACCAUGCGGCAAGAGAAGGCGGCACUGGAAGCUGAGCUUGCUAAACAGUCUCAGUCAGUGAUUUCAUUGGAGGCUAUGAUCAAAGAGGAAUGCCAAAUCUCACUUAACUUAAAGGGAGAGCUGCACACUAAAGAAGCAACUUUAAAAAUGCUGCAGGAGGAGCACUUAGUGCUGCUGGCGAGAAUUCAAGGUUUGGAACAGGAUCUGGAGGAGGCGAAGGAUGACGGGACAAAACUCACUGAGUGGGAGAAUAAUAAGCGUGACAUGGAUGUCCUCGACCGGAGGUUGGAAGAACUCACGCAGUCUGAGCAGAUACUCAAACAAACCAUUGACAACUUCAGAAAGACAGAAGCUGCUUUACAAGGAAGAAUUCAAGAGUUGGAACUGUCAGAGCAAAGGCUUCUGAAUAAAAUCAACGAGUUAACUUCCAAAUCACAGCAAUCAAUGACCAGUGACCCACUACUUGCAGGGAAGCUUCGGAGUCUGCAAAUUUCCGAGAAGAGUCUUAAAUUUUCGCUUGCUGAAAAGGAGAAGUCCGAAGAGAUGCUGAAGGGAAAACUGUGGCGUUUGCAGAGUCAGCUCAGGAUGAAAGAGGAUGAGAUGAAGAAGCAAUCUGAGUACUUUGAGCAUUACAAGCAAAAGCAGCAGCAGCAAAUGGUGAAGCUGAGGGAACGGGAGCAGUUCCUGCACAGCCAGAUCUUCAAACUGGAUAGAGAGAGGAUCGACCUAAAUGCGACCAGUGUCAUCCUGAAAACUGAGCUUCAGCAAGCUACGGCAAAGUUCACGAAGCUGGAAAACGCACAUAGCAAAAGGAGUAAAGAUCUUUCUGAGCACGAUACUGAACUUGUCAACGUGGCCCGUUCCAUGGCAGAAAGAGAAAACCAAAUCAAAGACAGUAUUCUCGUGCUUCAGGAUGACCUAAAUAAGCUUUUAGAGAAAGAAGAGGCAACUAACGUGGAAAGGGAACAACUCAGGGAGAGACUUCAGCAAGCCGAAGACAAUGAGGACUUCCUUAUACAUAAGCUGGAAGACUUCCGUUCACGGAUCCACGAGUUGAAGUUAUCGGAGAGCAGUCUGCAAGAGCAAACUGAGGAACUGGAAGAGGAGAAUGAGAAGCUUAGAGCAGAACUAAAAGAAAUUCAGGAGAAUGAAAAUUACCUGAAAGAAGUGCUAGAAGAAAAAGAGAAACUGGAGAGCUUAGUCGAGGAGAAGAAUAAACUGCAUAAAAUGACAUUAAAUAACAGUGAACUCCAGUUAAAUUCUGAUGAAAUACCAGGACAUGAAACUUCGUUAGAGGUAACUUCCAAGUGUAAGCACCUGAGCAGCAUCUGCAGUGCAGUAUUUCAGCACAUGGAUGAGGAAACCUCGCCAAACAGAUACAGAGACCUAAAGAACUCCUUAACUCACUUGCGAUCCCAGCUGCAGAAUGGAGACAUUUUAUUUCGAGAAGAAUUGUUGCAGAGCAAGUGGGCAGCUGUUCUGGACUCAGCUCGGAACAAAACCACUCAGACUCCGUCCAUUGGACAGUGCGUUCAAGAGGCCUUGAUCAUUGCAAAACUGGCUUCUGAAAGUGUCUGCGAUUACCCAAAAUUAUCUGCAGCUGUGAAGGAAGGACAUAUAAUCCCAUUUCUUGAAGCAAACUCUUGUCUGUUAGCAGAUCUAAUGCAGGUUCUUAGAAGCGGGGAUGUGGAGAAGAUUGGUGCACAGAACUGGUGGUGGUUUUAA